GGAGAAGAAGAAGUGUCUCGGUACGAAAUAAUAUGGCAGCCGCUGGCAGCAGCUGAAUGGGGGACACGGAAUUCGAGCAGUUCCGUCGCUAUUUCGACCGACUGCCCCAGUACAUCAAGGCCCCGGCCCACACCUACACACUGGUGCAUGACAUCGCGUUGGACGAGUCCGUGCUCGGGCCCCCGUCGGCGGCGGCGGGCCCACCACUAGGGGCACCGCAGGACCCGACGGGCUCCAAAAAGAACAAGGCGGCCUUCAGCAGCAGCAGUAGCAGCUCGGCCAGCAGCACCGAGGGCGACAGACCGCCCAACGACCAAGAAUCGAUAAUCAAUGGCGAGGCGGCCGACGAGGAUGAAGAGGCUCCGUGGCGGCCCUUGCCCUCGGCGUGGCCCACAGUUGUGCACCGACGCAGACGGAAACUGCCCGAAAUUCCGAAAAAUAAGAAAAAUUCAGGUUUAGUGUUGUCGCUGGCCGACGAGCUAGGCCAAGUGGGCAGCGGACGUUUGCCCGAAUGUGUGCAAGUGUCGAUUCGAAACGGCCGCCACGCGGUCGGCGCCUUUCAGCUGCGGGGCUCGACGCACUUUGACAGUUCGCCCGAGGGCCACCAGCAGGACUUUGACUCGGGACACUCGACCACCAACAGCCCGGACGGCUUGGCCAGACCCACGUCGAUCGCCUCCUCGUCCUGCUGCAGUUGCAGUCUUUCAGAGCAAUCGCUCAUUGUCGGUGGUGCUGAAUACAGAGACGUAACUCGACUUGUGGCCACACACCGUGGUCUCCACAAAUUUAUUCCGAGGCACAGAGAUGAAAUCGAAAUUGAAAUUGGUGAUCCAGUUUAUGUUCAACGGGAGUGUGAUGACCUCUGGUGUGAAGGGGUGAACAUGCGCACCCGGCGACAGGGUUCGUUCCCUUCGGCGUACGCGGUGGACCUCGAGUACCGCGAGUUCGACCCGGAGGCGGCGGUGGCGGCCGGCGGAGAGGAGGCGGCGGUCGCGGAGCGUCGGGAGCGCUUCCUGCUCGACUACCUCGGCUCGAUCGAGUGUCUGCAGCCGAAAGGGAACACGGUGCUGUGCCAGGCGGUCAAGCGAAUCUCGAGCAACCCGCCGGCCACUCGACCGGCCAUCCUCGAAGUCUCCGACCAGGGCAUACGCAUGCUCAGCAGGGACAAAAACAAAUCAACCGCCAUAGACAAUAAAAAGGAAAACAACAACAAUAACCUGGACUACUUCUACUCGCUCAAGAACGUGUCGUUCUGCGGAUUCCACCCGCGUGACCAACGCUUCCUUGGCUUCAUCACCAAACACCCGCAGCGGCAGCGCUUCGCCUGCCACAUUUUCCGCGGCGACGAGUCGAUGCGCCCCGUGGCCGAAACCAUUGGACGUGCGUUUGAGAGGUACUACCAGAAAUACAUAGAGACGGCGUACCCAACCGAGGACAUUUACAUCGACGACGAUUGAGGAAAUUAAUCUUCGUUCGAAGUGAGAGUGUCUCUGCUUUAUUCUCAUCCUACCGCGUUAACCAAAGAAUGAAAGUGAAUUUUAACUUGAAAAAGCAGCAUCGCUUUUUUCAACAUCAGCAGCACAAAAACGUAUAAUCUCUCCUACAUUCUGGGACUGUCAGUUGUAAAACAUGUAAAACUUUAAAAAAUUAAGAAGGUACGACACUCGUGUACAUAUGUAUUGUACAUAUAUCUCCUGAUGUCAAAAUAAUAAUACAAAAAUAAUCCAUCGCCUUGUGAGGAGACGAGAAUAAUAAAAAUAAA